GGGUAUCAUAAGGAGGCAUCACCAUUUCUCAACACCAACUCAACACCAAAACAUCAACACCACACCAAAAUUUAAACACCAUGGGAGUGACAGUUCUACAGAUCUUCCCGGACUCCUCCCGCUCGGGCUGCAUGGAGACGGAGAAGCUGCACAAGCGAAUCAUGCACUUGGAUGCCAUCCAGUGCGGGAUGUUCACCGUCGACUGUGACACCUGCUACACCGUGGCCCAGACAGGCACCAACGUUCGGAAGCUCAACAUCGUCCACAACAGCGAGACGCCCACCACCACCUACGCCAUCCUGGACACGGGGACCAAGCAGGUGACCCUCUCGGCCGACUACCUCUUCGACCUCCUCCUGCCGCGCCUCGACUUCAUGUACCAGUCGAAGAAGAACCUCAAGAUCGAGUCCAAGGGUGCCAAGUAUGAGAUCGGCGACUUCGUGGUCAAGAUCGGGACGGUGACGAUGAGCGGCCACUACAAGGCCAUCUUAGUGGAGGUGGAAUAUUUGCCCUGCCAAACGCCCGCCCUCUGCUGGUCACUAAUGCGGGAGUUCAUGCAGAGUUUUAUGGGCUCCUGUGUGAAGCCGACCCCGCCCCCCUACCUCCAGAACCGCUUCCACGAUGUCCACACCCCCCAGGACACGGUGCAGCAGUACGUGGAGAAGUUCAACGAGAUCAGAGAGGGCACCACCUUCGCCGGCACGCAGACCACGGGCUCCAGCACCUAACACACACACACACACACACACACACACACACACACACAUUUAUGCUAUCUAAUCUUCACUUUUCCUUCUCUCUACAACCUUGAUCUCACUUAGUCCUCUUCCUUCUCCUCUUGCUCAACUGUUUCUCUUUCUCUUUCCCUCUCUGCUUCCUAAUCUACUCUUCCUUCCCCUCAUCAUCCAUCACUCUGCAUCACCUCCCCUUCAUCCCUUUCGUCUCAUUACUUUCCUUACCGUCUCGUCCUUUUAAAAAAUUCUUACUAGUUAAUUCCUCCUCUGAAAUGAACUUCCCCUUAAUAAUGUUCCGUUUUCCUCUCACGGUGAAAUAAAUAUCAAAAAAUUUCUUUCUAGCUAAUUCUUCCUCUGAAAUGUAAUAAUGUACGGUUUUCCUCUCACGGUGAAAUAAAUAUCCACACCCUUUUCUGCCUUAAGUAAUUUCACAGUGUUUUCUUCUCUCCUUUUAAAUGAUUUCGUUGCGCUCUCCUCUUUUUAUCAUCCCUUUUCACAGAAACUAUCUCCCUUUUUUUUCCUCCUUCCUCACUCAGAUUUUCUUCCCUUUUCCUUUCCUCCCUCCCCAUGCAAAUUCUCUCCGCUCUCUUUCCUCCCUACCCACGAAAACUGUCCCUCUUAACCCCUCCAGCACCUAACACACACACACACACACACACACACACACACACACACACACACACACACAUCUGUACUAUCUAAUCUUCUCUUCUCCUUCUCUCUACAACCCUGAUCUCAUUUAUAGUUCUCUUCCUCCUCCACCUCCUCCUCCUAACCCCCUAUUCCUCUCUACAGUAUUGAAAAAAGUAUGUGAUUUAUAUAUUAGUAAAAAAUAAACUUGGA